AUGAAGGCAAUGCGCUGCACCGCCAGUGGGCUGCGAAACGCUGCGGUCCCACGGGAGAUGCUGACGAUUACCUUUGCCUACGAGGUAUUUCCGGUCGAGGGCGAGAAUGCAUCGCAGGCCAGGCGUGACCUUGUUCGCGAGAUCAAAGCAGUCUUGGACAAGGAAUGGGGCGUCAUGGAGUUCAUCGGCCCAAAGCUGGCACUAUGGCAGACAAAGAGUUGUUGGUUGCCCUUCCAGGCGUCCCAUGCGCCCUCGGCGCCCGCACCAUAG